GAAUCGAACAGCGAACAGAUGUAAGCGACUCGCGCUUUUCUGCUUCGCCAGUUUUCAGCGUCAGUCACUGAAUGCGCUUGUGUGAGGUUUCUCGUCAUUGUUCUUCAUCACCUCCAACGAGGGAGAUCUCGGCAGCCUCGAGUGGUGCAGGAAAACCGAGCUUCAAAAGAUCCCCGAGGUAUGUCCUCACGGGGCCGGAAGCGGGGCGGCAGGAAGACCUACAGAGAUCGACGUUCCGCUGCUGGACUCAACAGGGAGCGACGCAAGUUCGACGAUGAGCCGAGAGCCCCAAACGAUGAAACUUCGUCUUCGGAAGACGAAGACACGAUAGACUGUCCGUUCCCAGUGGCCAUGUGGGAUCUGGGACACUGUGAUCCGAAAAAAUGCACAGGUCGGAAGCUCCAACGGAUGAACCUCAUCACCAGCCUUCGGUUGGGUCAACGGUUCAAUGGUAUCAUUCUGACUCCUUCUGCCACGAAAUGUGUUUCUCCCGAGGACACGGAAAUCCUCGCCGAAUACGGAGUCGCAGUCGUCGACUGCUCAUGGGCUCGUCUGCAGGACACCCCGUUCUCUAAGAUGAAAGGGACCCAUUCCCGCUUGUUACCGUUCCUGGUCGCCGCCAAUCCCGUCAAUUAUGGAAAACCAUGCGAGUUGUCUUGCGUAGAGGCGAUCGCCGCCGUGAUGUAUCUCACAGGGUUUGAUUCGAUAGCAGAUUUCUACUUGGGCAAAUUCAGCUGGGGACAUUCUUUCCCGUCGUUAAACAAAGAUCUCCUCGAGUCUUACGCCGUUUGCAAGACCUCUGUAGAAAUUAUCCGAGCGCAAACCGACUUUCUGGCUCAGAAUGGUGAAAAACAGCCUUCCGAGAUCGACUUGCCUCCUAGCGAGAGUGACGGCGAAUCGGAUUCCGAAGAUGAAACCACACAUUCCCAUCAGGUCGCGAAAACGACGGAGCCUACGAGCGGGACCAGCAACGCUGUCGACCAAAUCGGAGCUCCUGAAUGAGUACCGGAGUCCCACCAAGUGAUUCUGCCGUCCUUCUUUCGAUCCAAUAGCCAUUGAGCGGUGGUUUGAUUAGGAAUAUGAGGGUCA